UGCAUAAAAGUGUUAAUGACUGUAAAUGAGUCACAUGCUAUUGGGAAAAAGCCUGAAAAUUCAGCAGACAUGAUUGAAGAAGGAGAGCUUAUCCUAUCUGUAAAUAUCUUUUACCCUGUGAUUUUUCAUAAGCACAAAGAACAUAAGCCCUACCAAACGGUGCUGGUAUUGGGCAGUCAAAAGCUCACGGAACUGAGGGAUUCCAUUUGCUGUGUCAGUGACCUCCAGAUUGGUGGGGAAUUCAGCAACGCUCCUGACCAGGCUCCUGAGAACAUCAGCAAGGACCUAUACAAAUCAGCCUUCUUUUAUUUUGAAGGAACAUUUUAUAACGAUAAAAGAUACCCUGAGUGCAGAGAUUUGAGCAGAACCAUCAUUGAGUGGUCAGAGUCCCAUGAUAGAGGCUAUGGAAAGUUUCAGACUGCUAAGAUGGAAGACUUCACCUUCAAUGACUUGUAUAUCAAAGUGGGUUUUCCUUACUUAUACUGUCACCAGGGAGACUGUGAACAUGUUGUUGUCAUUACUGACAUAAGGCUUGUGCAUCAUGACGACUGCCUGGAUAAGACACUUUAUCCCCUUCUUAUCAAGAAGCAUUGGCUCUGGACCAGAAAAUGUUUUGUUUGUAAAAUGUUCACAGCUCGAUGGGUGACGAACAAUGACAGUUUUGCACCACAGGACCCAUGUUUCUUUUGUGAUGUUUGCUUCCGAAUGCUCCACUAUGAUGCAGAAGGCAACAAACUGGGGGAAUUCCUCGCUUAUCCCUAUGUUGAUCCUGGAACCUUUAAUUAAUAUCCAAAAGUGUACCCUUGUGAAAUAACUUGGUUACUUUACUUCCAAGAAAUGCCAACCUGGAACAGGAUCCACCAGAAACAAAUCGGCUAAAGUUGUCAUCCCCACAAAGAAAAGUUCAAAUCACAGAUCUUCGUAAGCAGUCUGAAUGUAUUUAAAUAUUUGAAUUAAAUUAUUUUAAUAUUUAUUCCAAAGUAUAGUUUCUUGCCCAUUUUUAAGUGAGUCGUCUAUUGAAUUGUAGGAGUGCUUUAUGUAUUCUGAAUACAAAUCCUUUGUCAUACAUUAAGUAUUCUGGUUUUCUCCCAGUCUGUACUUUGCCUAUUUGCUUUGUCCAGAGGGGUUUUUGCUCCUCUACCAUUAGCAAAAUUCUCCUAAAGAUACAUCAAGUGAUAGAAGUGUUUUGAAAAUUCUUUGAAGAAUAUGAGAGCUACACCUUGUACCAUGAGGCUUCCAAGGUAAAUAUCCUUCAAAUAUCUGUAAUAAAAAUGGAGAGGUUAAGAAUAAAAGUACUUAAUAAAUACAGUAUUCAGAAGAGCUAUUGUGUAAUUUUACACUGAACUCUUUGUAAUGUUAGGUUUUAUUUUGGUAAAACCUAGGAACACUAAACAUUUCAAGACUCACUACAUGAAUAAUGAAUGUAUAAAGAGCUUGGGUAUAUACUCAUAACUUCAUAGAAGUAACACUUAAAUUGAAGCUUUAUUUCUUGACCAGAACUUUCUGGAAUCACAAAUGCUAUUUAAAAUGUAUGAUGAUUUUAAUAUUUUUAUGAUUUAAAGAAAUAGAUUUUAUCUAACAUAACCACUGAGUGGAGAUGGGAAAUCAAGAUCCCAUGGAUUGCUGGCUCUACAUCACUACUGUUUGGCAACAAUACCCAGCAUUCUAUGCAAAAGGAAAACAACUUGUUUUUCUAGCCCAGCUCUUCAUUCUUCUGGUACCUUUGUUGUGAUCAUCUAGUUAUCCAAUUCUCAUUUGGGGCCAGAGGACAACGUUGAUAAUUUUGAGGAAGAUCUAGAUCCAUCAGAGAAAAUUGUUGUAUUUAUAUUCAGCUGAAUUCCACUUUCCCUGGAUGGCUGAGAACAUUUACCAUAUAAAUCAACUGAUGAAGCCUGUAAGAUGUGUGUUUAAAAAGUUGACAAUAAAAUGUUUUAUGGACUUA